AUGGCUACCCUUCGACGUCCCGGAUACCGCUCUGUCACCGAUCACCGAUUCAAAGAUGAAGACAAGGACGCCAUUAUUCGGACCGUCUCUUACCAUCGUGAAGACUUCGACCGCGCUGUGAUCUGGUUCUCACCUGAUCAACAUGCCGAUGUUCGUCCCUCAAUAGCAACACCCUUCCCGCGGACUUCGAAUGUCGGACUAGGCAUCCUUGAUUGUUUACCCCCCGAGCUCUUAAACGAUGUGCUUUUCCGUCUAGACGUACAUUCGUUGUUCAAGUUCCGACAGACCAAUCUCCGAUCGAGACAGAUGGUGGACUCUUUGAAGCAGUAUCAGAUGGUGGUCUCACAUGGACUCAACCUUUUUUGUGCUUUGCUACGAACAAGUCUUGCGAUCGACACCCCUCUACUUGACUUCUACGACAUUCUGUGUACCAAGAAUUGUAGUCUAUGCGGCGAAUUCGGCGGGUUCGUUUCCCUCCUGAUCUGGAAGCGAUGCUGUUUCGGAUGUAUCAAGAAGGCUCCAGAGUGCCAAGUGCACACUCGUACCGCUGCCCCAAAAGAGCAUCACUUGACAAAAAACGAGUCAAAACAACUGAGGUCCUUCAAGGCCUUGCCUGGCAAAUAUACAAUAGUUGGCGGGUCUAUGCACCAACGUCGAAUUACAGUCGUUUCUCGUCACCAGACUGAUUUGAUUCUGAGCCGCGAGAACAAUUCUUUGGAAGAAGCCGGACCACUAAGGCCAUUCCCAUCACCGAAAUUCAACCUCAUGGCGUCAUGCGCACUUCCCUACUAUGACAAACUCACCGGUAAGGUCGAGAACGGAAUAGCAUGCGCUGGAUGCCAGCUUGCUCUCGAAAGAGGAAUCAUCGGUUUCCGUAUCGAGGAAUGUGCUUUGGUCGCCCGAGACAAAGUACAUGCGCCAGAAGGCUUUUUGGAACAUUUUCGAUGCUGUGAACAGGCACAGCGACUGUGGGAGUCGAGUUGCGGAGGAACUAAGAAACCAGCUCAGCUGCCAGAGAUUGCUCGAAGAUGCGGGUACUUCGGCCAAAGUGGAUAG